GAGUGGCGGUCUGCGAGAGGCAUAUCAAGGCUCCAUUCCGGAUGCGUCAAAGGGGAGAACUUGGUUCAUCCUCAGGGUGACGCCUACUACUUGACAUGCGCUAACGGGGCACUUAGGCAACGACGGUGUGGCGUGGGUCGGCUAUUCUCCGCCCACGCUGGGAAGUGCGUGAACGCCCGGGCUAUUCAUCGUGAAAGCGGUGCCAUUCAGCGACUUCCUUUACCAGACACCGCACACCUUCAACACGAACGCCGAUACUUGCGCUCAACUGCCUCCUCCGGCCGUGGUGCUCAGUCCAGUUACAAGGCAAGAACGAAGCUGCCCGUCAAUAGCAAGAACGGCAUACAUUUAAAGAAGACAGAAGAAAGAAAGAAAGCUGUACCGAAUGGAAAUGCUUUCAAUGGAGAUCUCAGAUACGAAAGGUUUCAAGAUAUUCGUUCUAGGCGGCAAAAAAUGGGCAUCUCCGCCGAUCGACGGAGAAGUGAUACGGCACGUCCUAUGGCCUGCGUUGGUUGCUUCCGCAAGCUCUCUGCUGCGGAAAAGGUCAAGUCUCUGAUGGUGACAAGAUCACCGGAAAGGUCCCCAUUCAGCACUAGAUUCUCUAUAUCCACUACCGGCGAUAAUAGCCCGAGCUCAAACAUCAUUUCUUCCACACAAGAUAACCGGAGGAUUCAAGCAUCACGUUCGCUAUCACACACUCGAUCGGCGACGCCCUUAAAAGAGAACAGGAGCUCGGCAGUUCCCCCUACAGUUGAACCAUCGCGUGCACUACCAACCUCGGUCACCUCAAGAAAAGCGCUGCCCUCGACUUCGACUCCGGUUAAUUUUAAAUCUACACGCAAAAAGUGUUUUCGGAAAGCAAAGCUGCGCAGCCGCAUUGACGGAGCGCAAACGAGAACGCGCUCGAAUUCACUGCCCUCAGAGAGGAAACCAGAAGCGUCCCAGCCGAGUGUGUCUGCGUCAGAGCUCUCUACAGCUAAUCUCAGCAAUGAUGCAGCUGACGUAAAUGCACUGCAGAAAAACAUAACGGCCAUGAACAAAUUUUUCACGACAACUGCCCCUUAUAAGCAAAAUACGCACGACAACGCUGGAGGAGUAAGGAGCGUGGCAGCAACAACGCUGGAAACUUCAACGGGGCCUGAACUCAAAGAGACUGCUGCUCUAGAUAAAUCUCCCUCUAUUGGGACUGUUCAUAUGUCGUUUGUAGAGCGAACGCCUGUAGUCACGGAGGCUUUAUUAAAUAGCCAAAACUUUGCUCCGCCAUUGACGUCUGGUAUCAAUCCGAGGACAAGCGGUGUAGGCAUUGUAAUAACUGAAUCGUCUGUUCUAAGAACACAGGAAGAUGGAAGAAGAAACUCAUCGAAAGAUUUAUUGGAAGAUGUUCCUGUCCCAGAAAUUCUCAGAAACGCCACUGUAAAAGUUCACCGACAUCAGGAUGAUGGGCGGACGAAAACAGGCACCACCCCUGUCGCAUACACAAAUAAGGAAGUCUCGCUACUACAGUCGUCAGAAGAUGUCACGGAUACUACUGGGGAAAAAAUCUCGGGACCGGAAGAGGCCGAGAAGCCUAAAGAAAUAAAAAACAAGUCGAGUGAUUCUCCACCGAGUCAAAAUGAAGCUUCCAUGACUGAUCUGGAUGACAAGCGCACAACCAAUUUACUGCAAAUGCCUGGAGCUGACAAACGCGAACAAAGCAUUGAAGAGAAAAUGCACGUUGGUUCGCAACGUCCAUUGCCUUUUCAAGUAUCCAGAAAAGCUUCACUCGAGUCAGUGCCACACAAUUCCACAGGUGUAGCAAUACCGGUGGAACUGACAACGACGGCUCUAGAUCAACAAUCACUGAAAAUGCAAGAGACCACUACUGAACGUUUUGCAAGCAAAUAUGUGAGUGCAUCUGACACAUUGGCAAAGCUGCCAGAAACUGAGCUAACGACAGUACUGACUCUAACAUGGGCACCGAAGACAACUGCGCAUAGUGCUUUUCCUAGGCAGACGGCACCUCUAGAUAUUAGGAUGGUGAUGAGCUCCGCAGAACAAAGGGGCUCUGCAGAGUCAAGAAGAGAAACCACGUCCACCAUUGCAACUACCGCAGGCUCCACUCCUGAUCAGAACACAGGUGGUGGAAUUGCGGGAAUCGAUAGUGCCGCAGUUUCAACCGUAUCUAAGGAAAGCAAUAAUGGUAAACUCAAAGUAGCGUUAGGCUCAACUGUAAAGACACGCGCUGGCAUCAGAGAGGACGAAAAGUCAACCUGGACAACAGAGAGUACAGAUGCUACUGUCCCACUACCAACGCAUAACAUAAACACCCCCUAUAUUGAAAGCUACAGCAGAUUGUCUACCGAGCGCGAAGCAGGCUUCGUGUCCCUACAUACGACUACUCAUGACGCAAGACCACACACAAGUGAAGACAUGCUCGAGGAAUCUCUUCCAGUAUUGGAACCUAUUUCGGAAGCGACCUUACUUUCGUAUGCUCCUCGCGACCCUACUGACUUGGCAGUAUCAACUUUACCGUCACCAUAUUUAGUUACACUACCCGCAGAACUAACAGACAAAAAGUAUGAAGACACAUCACGAACAUCUAGCAACGUGGAGCUGCAAGGCGAAGCUCCAGAACGAGAAAAUCAAGCUGACUUGAAACGGACGUUGACUAUAGAAGAUAAAAGUACUUCCGCUACUGAUUCACGUACAAAUCAUUCUGAGGGGUACUAUGAAGCUAACAAAGUAGAUAAUGCUUUACCCCCGACUGUGGGAACAGCUGCCAUGUUACCACCAUUGACAGUAAAAAGAAGUGAUAGCCUUCCAUUAUCAGUUACAGCAAGUUACACUGAAACACGUACCGAACCUAAGGCUGUUAUCUGGACGGAAAAUGACAGAAAAGCAACAACUACAGUGAGCGCUGAUGUUGUGUCACUAUUUCUAGAGAAACAUGUAACUAACGCUGGUGGCAAGGAUACUCAGAGUACUAAUAUUUUCUAUCCAAGCAACACAUCAUCACAAGAGACAUCUACCACCCCACUUUCUGCAGCACUACUACCAUAUAGCUCUCCUCCAUCAAAUCUUGACUUGACAACUAUAGUGACAACUCCGACUUUGUGCACAAGUAUCAAAGAUGAUCAACUGCAAACUAUAGCAGAAACAAGCACACAGAAGACAAAGGCACAAACUUCCCACACUGACGCUAUAAAUGAUUUUGACAGCAAAGUAAAUACUGUCAUGUCCAUGCAUCGCAAUGACACCGAAAACGUGGCACCGCUGAACCAAAUAAAAGAAACGUACCCUAUGUCAAAGGUUAGCAAUGGCAUCAGAGAAAAUUUGAAUGCGCAUUCAAAUAAACAGGGGUUGGCAGAGAGCCAGAAAUAUAAUGAUUCGUCCUCAAAUAUUGCCGAUGAGCAGCUAGCUUCAACGAAUACCGUAUUCACAUCAAUCGUCUCAACUACAGAAGCCUACGGUCAUCAUACGCCGAUUGCUGUUAUCCAGGAACUGGCAACGGCUGCAUAUCAUAAUGCAGCUUAUACGACGCAAACACCUAAAGAUGUUGAAAGUUCAGAGUAUUCACCGACAACUGAAGGAAAUCGUUCAUCCGUCACCAAAUCGGCGCCUUUGGAAGACCUUGGUCCUGAUGUGGAUACUAAGGGAGCACCACGCAUGACACCUAAUAACCUUACAACCCAAGGUGUUGUCCUCAAAGAAACUAGCACAAAAACACCAUUAUCAGACGCUACAACACCACAGGAAAAUGAAACCGGAGAUAACUAUUCUACGAUUGCAGAAGAUUUCCAAGGAGACAGCCAUGAUGCUUCCCUCUCGUUGUCCGAGUUGCACCUCUCGAAGUCUUCCGGAGGAAGUAAAUUUCUAAAUCCUUCAAUCACAAUUCACCUGACAACGCGCUAUCAUGGAGAGACAAAUGGUGCUAUUGAGACCGCAAGUGACACUCCAAGAGCUAUCUCUAAAGAAGUGAGAACUGAUGCAGCAACAGACGUUACAUAUACGAAAACACCAAAGACUUCAACAAGGUCUCCACAAUUAUUCACGGAGAAAGUGCUGCCUAAAGAAGUCGAGAAUCACACCUCAAGUAAAGAGCAUUUGCCGUUCAAAUCGACCGUAGAUACAAAUGCGCACUUGAAAAUCGAAGCCUCGACUCAGGAUUGGGAGUCCCCCACGACGGUAUUAUUCAGGCCAUCCAAUGACGCUGAAUGGGAACACAGAGAAGAUAAUCUUAAAAGUGAUAAAUCUGGUGUUGGUACACCUGUUGCCUCGCCUUUGUCAACGGUGAUAUUGCACAUUAACACAAACCCUUUCUCUACUGUGAGUGAAGAGGGCUCAAGCAUGACGAGUGAUAAAACUUCAACAGUUAGGCCACAGCUGACAAGAGAAAUGAAUGAAUAUGCUACAUUAGGAACGGAAACGCUAGUUACUUUAGGUACCACCACGUUUGCGCCGACUGUUACAUCCGCGCUUAUGAGAGAAAAAACUCAAACCAGGACGGCGUUGUCGAUCCCGAGUUCUAGGCUGCAGGAGAAAACGACAAAGGCUCCUCUGUGCAAAUCUACCUUUGGCCUCUUUCGUCACCCGACUAAUUGCAAUCUUUUUGUUCAGUGCUCAUACUCGGUGGCAUUUAUUAAGAAAUGCCCAGCGAACUUACAUUUUAACGAAGAAAUUAUGGUUUGCGACUGGCCCUACAGAGCCGGCUGCCUGAGCAAUGCUUCGAAAAGUCAACUUUUGAUGUAGAGCAUGAAGUUACUCUGCAAAACAAGCCUGCAUUUCUAAAAUUGGCUUGCCUUUGCAAUCAAACGAGACGGAAUGUGUACCUUGGUUUUAGCUAAAAUGCGCCAUAAAUAAAUGAAGCUCUUUCUACGUGAAGUACUGCACGCAAAAAAAAAAAAAAAUAUGAUGUAGAAAGAUUGUACAUAAAUCCUGACCUAUGUGUGCACCGAUGGGUCUACUGGCUGGUAAUUUAAGUUUCGUGCUUUCAAAUGAGUUCCAACAUUAAAAAUUGUGUUAUCUUUUGCUGCGCUCCUAUUUGUGAACAAUAUUCAGAACAGAACUAUGGCCUCAUUGAGAUUCGUAACAUCUCGGUUAAUGAAAAAUGAUGUUACUUGGACUAUCUAUGUCGCAUAAGUUCAGGCAUCUGGCCGUAAUAUUCGCUGCGUAAAUGCGUACCUUAUCUUGCCGUCAAAUAAAACAAGCAGUGCUGCAAGCAUAUUUUCAUUGAUCAUGGUUGGGAGCCUCCAUGAAGCGACUCAGCACUAUGAUACAAUCUGGUGCUGUUCAACUGGUGUAUACCACACGCCCUGCAUCAUGACGCAAUAAAGAAAAUGAAUAAACGUUGUACAUAUAUUGAAAUAAAUCAUACAAUAUUAUUGAAUAAACUUUG